GUGUGUGUGUGUGGGACCAGGCCUCCUCUUCACUUCUCCAGCCCUGCAUGCGAGCUUGGCCGGUGGCUCUUCCCAGCGGACGGCAGCAGUUCACCGGGCGGUGCCUCAACAUGUCCGGGGAUGGCUUCACGAUUAAAAGUCGCAUCAGGAAUUUGCUGCGUUCUCCAUCAACCAAGCACCAGAAGAACAGGAAAGAGAGUCUCAGCAGCAAGGUGACUCUGGAGAAGGUCCUAGGAAUCACAGCCUCAGGAAACAGUGGUCUGGCCUGUGACCCCCGAUGUGGGCGAGUGGCCUAUCCUGCAGGGUGUGUGGUAGUUUUGCUGAAUCCCAAAAAGAACAGACAGCACCACAUCAUCAACACGUCAAGAAAGACAAUCACAGCUCUGUGCUUCUCCCCCGAUGGAAAGUACUUGGUUACAGGAGAGAGCGGUCACCUGCCAGCGGUGAGACUGUGGGACGUGGCAGAACGGAGACAGCUGGCUGAGCUCCAGAAGCACAAAUAUGGCAUCUCUUGCGUGGCUUUCUCCCCCGACAGCAAAUACGUUGUCAGUGUGGGAAACCAGCAUGACAUGAUGGUCAACGUCUGUGCGUGGAAGAAAAAUGUUGUUGUGGCUGCCAACAAGGUGUCCAGUAAGGUGACGGGUGUGUCUUUCUCUGAGGACAGCUCCUACUUUGUAACUGUGGGGAACAGACAUGUCAAGUUUUGGUAUCUGGACCACUGCAAGCCCAGCAAGGCCAGUGCUCCUGUACCUCUGCUGGGCCGCUCCGGGCUCCUGGGAGAGCUGAGGAACAACUUCUUCUGUGAUGUGGCCUGUGGACGGGGCUCUACAUCUGACUCCACCUUCUGCAUCACCUCCUCCGGCCUGCUGUGUGAGUUUAACAGCAAGAGGAUGCUGGACAAGUGGGUGGACCUACGGACGGGCGCGGCCCAGGCUCUGUCUCUGUCUGAGGACAUGAUCUUCUGUGGGUGUGCUGACGGAACGGUGCGAGCCUUCAGCCCUGUGGACCUUCACUUCAUCUGCACGUUGCCGCGCCCGCACCCCCUCGGCUCUGACGUCUCGGCCAUCACACAGGCAAGCCACCUGUUUUCCACCAAGACGGACGCCCGUUACCCAGACGCCAUUGCUGUUACCUAUGACCCUGUCAGCCGGUGGCUCAGCUGUGUCUAUAACGACCACAGUGUGUAUGUGUGGGAUGUGAGAGAUGUCAACAGGGUGGGGAAGGUGCACUCUGCCCUCUUCCAUGCUGCCUGUGUCGGGGACCUGGGGAUGUUCCCAGAUGUUCCUGGGAAAUUUAGUGCUGGUCUGUCAUCAGGAGCAUUCCUCACUUGCUCAGCUGAUAACACCAUCAGACUGUGGCGCAUGGACGAUUGGACAACGCGUGUCCAUUCUCAGAACAUCCUCAGCAGUGAUCUCCUGAAUAUAAUCUACAUAGACGGAAACACUAGUGCCUUGCUGGAUCCAGAAUGUUUGGCAAAUAUGACUGUAGACAAAACAGGAGAUGGUCAGACGGCAGAAAGCAGGACCGGCAUCAGGACCAUCUGUGUCAGUCCAGACGGAAAACACCUGGCAUCCGGAGAUCGCAAUGGGAUGCUGAGGGUUUACGACCUCAGUAGCAUGGAGGAGAUUCUGAAGGUGGAGGCCCAUGAUGCUGAGAUCCUCUGUCUUGAAUACAGUAAACCAGAAACAGGUCUGAAGCUGCUGGCCACAGCUAGCAGGGACCGUCUGAUCCAUGUCUUAGAUGCUGAGGAUGACUACAGUCUGGUGCAGACACUUGAUGAGCACUCUUCAUCCAUAACAGCCGUCCGCUUUGCUGCCAAUGACAACAAGGUGAGGAUGAUCAGCUGUGGGGCGGACAAGAGCAUCUAUUUCCGCACUGCGCACAAGACUGACAGAGGAACAGAGUUCAGACGUUCUCACCACACAGUGAGCAAGACCACGCUGUACGACAUGGGUGUGGACCCCACCUGCAAGUACGCUGCUGUCGGCUGUCAAGACCGCUGCGUCAGGAUUUUCAACAUCAGCAGCGGCAAGCAGAAGAAACUCUACAAGGGCUCGUUGAGUGAGGACGGCAGUCUGCUAAAGGUACAGCUCGAUCCGUCAGGUCAAUACGUGGCCACCAGCUGCUCCGACAAAAAUAUCAGCAUCUUUGAAUUCUCCACUGGCGAGUGUGUCGCCACUAUGGAUGGACACUCUGAGAUUGUCACUGGGAUGAAGUUUACCAAUGACUGCAAGCAUUUCAUUUCUGUGUCAGGGGACAGCUGCAUCUUUGUGUGGCGACUGGCUCCAGAACUGACAAUCAGCAUGAGAGAGAGGCUCAGCCAGCUCCGACAAAACCCCAAAACACACCCCUGCAAGACCUCCAGUCUCAGGCGAGAGGUGUACAGUGCCCCCACUCUGGGUGGUCUGUCCUCGGACAGCGACCGUGAGCACGAGGAGGAGGACGGAGCGGAGAACGACGACCCAGAAGACAUUGCAGCCAGUAGUUCCUCUGACAGCAGCCAUGGAGAGGAGGACACAGGUGGCUCAGAUGAAGGACAAGACUGGGAGCUGACAAAGAAUGGAGUUGUCAGCCAGGUCACGUCUGACUCCUCUAAACGUCCUCGGAGACGCUGGUCUCAUCGCAUGGGCUCUCUGGAGCUGAUGGUGAAAUCCAUGCUGGACCUGAGACAGCUGGAGACCUUUGCUCCCAAGAAAACCCCCAGCUGCUCCCCCCAUAACAAAGAGAGAUGGAGCAAGUCCAGCCUCCAGGAGCCCGUGUUGGAAGAGACAGCCAAGAGGCACCGGCCCUGGCCACAUGCCGACUGGCUGUCCUCCUCACACCCGUCCAAGGGCAUCAUGGGAGCUGAUGAAGCCGUGCUGUACCCCGAGGAGAACGAGACUGAUGCAAGUCUGCAGGGCAGUGAGUACAUGGUGAAGGAGCAGGACUGCAGGAUGCAAGGCCGAGGGAUUCACAGUGGGAGCAAGAAAAGCCGAAGCCCGGACAGUGCCUGCUCUCUGGGCUACGACAGCAGGGACUCCAGCCCAGAUCGGGUCCUGGAUGGUGAGGUCUUACUGUCUGGUGACAAUAAUAAAACACAUAAGAACAAAGAAAAAACACUGUUAAAGCAGUACAUUGAUGUACUGCCCACAGCAGAGGAGCAGAGCAGGCUCCCUCGGCUCAGUAUGUCUUCACGCUUCCUGGCCAGAGGACAUAAUAACAGGGGCAUUCCUCUGUUUGCUAAAGUGCAGGGGAAGGAACCCAGCAGCCACUAUGCUAAGCCCCCGGUGUCAAAAGUACGGCCCUUGAUGGAAGAUAGCCGGAGCAGAAACCCGGAAGAGGGGCCACACGGGUUAGAUGCUUCAGAGGGAGACGGAGCUCCUACCCUUAGACCCCUGAAGAAGAGGAAGAGUUCAGGGUGCCACCUGUGGAGGUUGUCCAACCCUCCAUCCAAAGCUCCGCAGCUGCUGGACCCAGCACCAUGUUUACAGAAAGCCCACUCUGCCCAGAACCUGGCCUCAGACUAUCUACACUCCCCUGUGCCCUCUAGGGACCGAAGGGAGUUCCACAUAAGACCUCAGCAGCUUUCCCUGAAUCCUGACCCUCCCCAGCCUUCCUUCCACUUUUCCUCACCCUCCUCUGGGUCCCCCCAGUCUCCCCGGUCCCCACUGUCCUGGGAGAGCCCCAAACUGAAGCCCUACCACUCCUACAUGAAUCCCACUGCCAGCUCCAUGGCCAAAAGCAGCCGCUCCUCCUCGCUGGGAGAGGUUGUCCAGACGGGCACUCCACCUUGCUCCCCCACCUUCCCCAGGGAGACCAGGUCAUGUGGGGAGCUAGAGAUCCAACCUCCCCUUCUCACCCCCUCUCCUGUCUCAUCGCCAUCGUCCCUCUUAUCGAGUUCUCUGCCAAACAGUCCCUCCCCAGCUUCUCCCCAUCCUAUGGCUACGGUUUCACCCACGUCUUUUACCCACAACAUCACGCCCUCUCGCAUCCCGCUUCCCAAACAGCUUCUCAGCCCUCGCCGCAGUUUCUGUCUGGAGGGGAUGUCAGGCUUAAGUGGGUCCGGAGACCCGGCGAGGGUGUCCAAUUCUACCGUAGACCCUGGAUGCAACAUUACACCUACGCCUGGAAACAGAGCACUGGGGAGGAAACUGUCUUUAAGUCCUUCUUUGCCAAGUUCACUACCAAUGAGACACAAGAAGGACUCUGUUUCAGAGAGUGCCAAGGUCCCAUUACAGGUGGCUGCUGCCAAAGAGUGCCCUCUGGUGCCUGAACAGGCCCACGCAGCGAGUGCUGAUCCCCAUCCAGAUCUCUCCAUCACCUUGGAAACUUGUAGGCAGGCUGUUACGGAGCUUCACAACAGUCUGAGGAAAACAGCCACGCUCUACACCACGGUGCUACAAUGCAGCCAAGAGCCCGGUGAAGACCAGAAAGAAAUGAGAAGCAUUCUGUCCGAGGCGCUGUUCACCAUCAAGACCGAGCUGGACUCUCUGCCUCACCCCCCCUCGCAGUGGGACGAGCCCAGAGUGGACCACAGGGUCAAAGGGGAAGGAGAGAAGGCCCUGGCUCUGCUGGAGCAGUACGCUGAGCUGCUGCUGAAGUCUGUGGAGAGGAGACUAGACACCAAGACGUGAGGAGGUAGACUGAUGUCUGCACACACACAUGCACACGCAGUAGCACUGUGAAUCGCAACAAUUGUUAUUUGCACAAAGCUCUUUUGAAACUUUUUUUAUGGACUGAAUGCAGAUGAGAUGUCAUUAUAUUUGGAGAAGUUAAAAGAAAUGAAUGC